AUGAUAUUGGCAAGGAGUACAGAGCAAGCUCAAAUAAGAGAAGUAUAUAUUACCGGUCUUGUCAACAAUUGGCUGGAAGAACAUGGUAUUUCAUUAGCUGCCAGUAAAACAGACGUUAUGGUCCUGACGAGACAGAGACAUUAUGGGGAUUUAGUGAGUUUAGAGGUAACAGAAGAAACUGUUGUGGCUGCGCCAGGGGCCCGAUAUUUAGGAGUGCAUGUUGACAAGAAGCUCAGGCACUGGUCACAUAUCCUGAAAGCAGCUGACAAAGCUAGCACAAUGGUAGCGAAGCUCUCCAGGCUAAUGCCUAACAACAAAGGCCCCAGUGAACGCCAGAGGAAAACUCUUAUGAGUGUGGCUCACUCAAUAAUGCUAUAUGGUUCAGAGAUCUGGGUUCGUGCGCUAAAUAUACAGAAGUACGAGUAUAGGAAACGAAUUGUUUCGGUGCAGAGACGUUAUGCUUUGUGUAUAGCAAGUGCGUAUCGCACCGUUUCAGCUUCGGCAGUAAUGGUUGUUGCGGAAGUCAUACCGAUUUUUCGUCUCGCCAUGGAAAGGAAAGGAGUGUAUGAGCGAAGCCAAGUGAAGGAAGAUCGACAAGCAGUUAGAGCUAAGGAGAGAGCCAGAACUCUUUCAGAAUGGCAGCAAUGUUGGAGCACAGACACCAGAGGAAGGUGGACUGUACGAUUAAUAGGGGAGGUGGCUCCGUGGUCCGGGAGGAGGCAUGAGGAGGUGAAUUUUUAUCUCACCGAGUUCUUCACGGGACAUAGGCACCUUAACGCAUAUCUAAAUCUGCGAAAUAGGAAGGAAAAUGAGUUCUGUGAUUACUGCCACACGGAAAUCGAUAAUGUAGAGCACACAUUCUAUGAAUGUGAUAGAUGGGUGUAUAAGAAGCACGACUUGGAGACUAUUUUUGGGCAUGCGUUAAUUUUUUUAAACACAGUAACAACGACGCUGCGCAAUCAAGAAGACUGGGAGUCGGUGGUGUCUUAUGUUGAUUCGAUCCUUCGACAAUAA